AUGCCGUCACACAGUACGUCGUCCCCGACUAAACAUUCAGCGUCCUCGCAGCGAGCAUCGUCAGAUCCACUUCGAUCGCCUUCCGCUGAAACAGGCCCGACACUUUCGCAUCACAAAACAUCGACCCACAAACAUAAUCGGCCACAUGUGGUUGUUUCGCACCGCUCACACAUGCAUGCGCGCAACCCGUCACUGAAAAACAUAAAUAGGUUGCAGAGACUUGCUGCGGCUCACAAUCUUCUAGGCGAGGGUGACACACAUGCUGCACCUGCGUUAAGACACCACCAACGCAAAAAAUCAGCGCCCGAAUCUCCCGGAUCGAGCCCUCGCGCUGGCCAUCAUCACAUUCGCUGGAAUGGCUCAACAGUUUCGCUGACGGGCCAAGGGGCUAAUACGGCGAUCAGGAAAAACCUUUCCACCCCGUUACUGAGGAAUAUAUCAGGGGUUCUCGGUAGGAAAUCGCCUUUGAUGAACAAAACAGGAGCAGUUGAUAAAGCGGGGCAGAAAAAGAAAGUGGGAUUCGAGCUUGUGGCUUCGGAGGACGACGACGACGAGUGGGAAGAUAAUAAUAGUUCUUAUUCUCCGGAAAGUACAAGGCGGAAUUCGGUGGUUACGUCCAAAAUGAGUGUGGACAAUAGCCCCGAGUCUCCUCUCCAGGCGCAAAAAUCCCCUUCAGCCCAAGCAAGCGGCGAUCUUGAGGGAGAGGCCGCGCGGGACACUACAGAACGCGCCAAUGGUUCCGGCGCUGAGCCUCCUCAGGGACAGCAUUCACGAUCCCUUUAUCAGGACGAUAUUGCUACCCGUCUCCUUUAUCAACCGCAUUCGUCUAAAGCUCCACCUGCUAUAUCAUCUGUGUCAGCUACCGCAACGCCACCAGCAGUGGAACGAAGUCCUCGUCCGCCGUCCUUUCCGACUCUCCCUUCAGGCCGUAUCCGCGAUUCCUGGUCUGUUGCGGGGAGUGCGUCAACAAGCAAUCCGCAUGGAACAUCAUCUUCCAUUGAAGGAGGGGUAUCCAAAUUCCUUAUAAACAACCCCAGUUCCCAAACUGGGGCCAUGGCUGAUUCUGAACCCCCGUCCUCAUUCCUGCCACACUACAACCCAAACACGCCACCAUCCCCAGAAACGCAGGGCUCCAGACGGCCUACCUCUCGCGGUCGCCAACAAGAGCCACCCUCACGUACACAGCAAAAAUUAUGGUUACAACGAACCGCAACUCUUACUACCUCCCCCCCCGAUCCUUCUAUGUCCGGACCGUCCCCAACCAUUGCCCCAUCUUCGAUGGAACCCACAUUUAUCGCUACUCAGUCUCGACCCGGCUCUCGGGACCAUGCAAGAGACGGCCGCAGGGCAUUGCUGGGAAUGGGAGGAACUACAGGCAUAAAUCCCGAGAGCGAAGUUAAACGUGCCCGCAAGGUCUAUGAUAAAUUCACUACAGAGUAUUCAGUAGUCCGCCGUUUCAGAUCUCCCAUCGCGGAAAGCUUGCUCAGGCUCGAUAAGAUGGCAGGGGCGGAUGCGAAAUCCAGCAAUACCCCUCAAACCCAGUCCAGCGGACAGAACCCCGUCGUCGCCAACGGAGCCCUUUCUCGCCCACCUUCAUCGCGAAAUGUCGACUCCGACCCCGCCGUCAACCACCAGUUUAUCAGCAGGUUGCCCAAAUCAUCCAGCCAGGUACGAUUCAGGACUUCGGAGGAUACCGUCCACGUCAACUAUUCAGAUGAGCCCGCUGAGCGAUUGGAUGUGGAACAUCAGCAGCAACGACUCAACUCGGUUGCCAUUGUUCUUGCAGAUGGAAACGUGUACGAAGAACCGAUAGACGAUGAAGACGGCGCCGGUGGCGUUGGCGGUGGCGAUGGGCAUGCCGCAUAUCAACCCAAUGAAGCGGAACUACUCAUUAGACGGAUAUGGGAUAGUCGAGAAGUAGCCGUUGCGGGUGAUUGA